AUGCUGGCCCUCACCACCCCCCACCCCCCACCCCCACCUCCCCGGAGCAGACGCUCAGCCAGGCCCUGUGCAGCACGAGCUGACCAUAGCGGUUCCCUCGAAAAAGAAACACGUUCAGACCUGGCCACGGAUCAUCGUGAGCGCCGUGGUGGAGCCGAGGCACAGCGCAGGAGACGGCCAGGCCGCACGAGGCGCCCGCGAGGGGCUCGUCUGCAGGACCGGGAAGCGCAGAGAUCAUGCUUGGCAGUGUCUUCGUUUGUUAGCACACCCCGCUGCUGUUCUCCACCUUUGCUGAUGGCCACUGAGGCCGCUCGGGCGUCGCAGGAGGGUUGCCUUGUCCUCACAAGGGACUUUACGGACUCGCUCAGGCAGAGCGCUUCGGAGAACCCGGAGCACGAGGCCGUGUGGACACGGCUGGCCGCCGCGCUCUCCCGCCCCCUCACCCCACCGUCCCCGCCGCCUUCUGCUCCCCUCUCCUGUCUUCUCUCGCUCUCUCUCCAUCUCUGGGCACAGUACCCGCUCAGGUUUCUGCCUCCAGGAACAAAGCAUUACCUGCCCCAUUCUGCCACACUUCAGAAUCUGAGAAGAGGCGUUUAUUCCGAGUGA